GGUCUGUGACGUAGAAUAGGCCACAAUUCUGAAAACACCGCAAGGACAAUGGCCACUCAAGGCUGCCUUUUGCUCCAUUUUCUGCUGACCAGUACUAAUGGCUUGGUGAAAUAGCAAACAAACAAGCCACCAGCAGGAAUACAGUCUGGAUGACUGCUUCUGGAGCCUGGAUGCAGUGCCAUUCUUCCAUUGAUUCACUGACUUGAUGGAAUUAGACAUGGCAAUGGAGCCCGAUAGAAAAGCAGCUGUUAGCCACUGGCAGCAACAAUCUUAUCUUGAUUCUGGAAUCCAUUCUGGUGCCACAACAACAGCUCCCUCCCUGAGUGGCAAAGGAAAUCCUGAGGAGGAAGAUGUAGAUACUACCCAAGUCUUAUAUGAAUGGGAACAGGGAUUUUCUCAGUCGUUCACACAGGAACAAGUAGCUGAUAUCGAUGGACAAUACGCCAUGACCAGGGCGCAGAGAGUACGAGCCGCCAUGUUCCCUGAAACCCUGGAUGAGGGCAUGCAGAUCCCAUCCACUCAGUUUGAUGCGGCUCACCCAACGAAUGUUCAGCGUUUGGCUGAACCUUCUCAGAUGCUAAAGCAUGCCGUGGUGAAUCUGAUCAACUACCAGGAUGAUGCAGAACUGGCCACUCGUGCAAUUCCUGAAUUGACCAAACUGCUAAAUGAUGAGGAUCAGGUGGUUGUUAAUAAGGCUGCAGUUAUGGUUCACCAGCUAUCUAAGAAAGAGGCCUCCAGACAUGCCAUCAUGCGUUCUCCUCAGAUGGUAUCUGCUAUUGUGCGUACCAUGCAAAAUACAAAUGAUGUAGAAACAGCACGUUGUACUGCUGGGACACUACACAAUCUUUCCCAUCACCGUGAAGGCUUAUUGGCUAUCUUUAAGUCUGGUGGCAUUCCUGCCCUUGUGAAAAUGCUUGGCUCCCCAGUGGAUUCUGUGUUGUUUUAUGCCAUUACAACUCUCCACAACCUUUUAUUACAUCAAGAAGGAGCCAAAAUGGCAGUGCGUCUUGCUGGUGGACUGCAGAAAAUGGUUGCUUUGCUCAACAAAACAAAUGUUAAAUUCUUGGCUAUCACAACAGACUGUCUUCAGAUUUUGGCUUAUGGCAAUCAAGAAAGCAAGCUCAUCAUUCUGGCUAGUGGUGGGCCCCAAGCUCUGGUAAAUAUAAUGAGGACUUAUACUUAUGAAAAACUCCUGUGGACCACAAGUAGAGUACUGAAGGUGUUGUCAGUCUGCUCUAGUAACAAACCAGCCAUUGUGGAAGCUGGUGGAAUGCAAGCUUUAGGACUUCACCUUACAGAUCCAAGUCAACGUCUUGUACAGAACUGUCUCUGGACUCUUAGGAAUCUUUCAGAUGCUGCAACUAAGCAGGAAGGAAUGGAAGGUCUUCUGGGGACUCUGGUUCAGCUUUUAGGUUCAGAUGAUAUAAAUGUUGUCACCUGUGCCGCUGGCAUCCUUUCUAACCUCACCUGCAAUAACUACAAGAAUAAGAUGAUGGUUUGCCAAGUUGGUGGGAUUGAAGCUCUUGUGCGCACUGUUCUCCGUGCUGGUGAUAGGGAGGAUAUCACCGAACCUGCCAUCUGUGCGCUUCGUCAUUUGACCAGCAGACACCAGGAGGCUGAGAUGGCACAGAACGCUGUUCGCCUCCAUUAUGGACUCCCAGUGGUGGUGAAGCUCUUACACCCACCAUCUCAUUGGCCUCUGAUAAAGGCUACUGUUGGUCUCAUCCGAAAUCUUGCCCUUUGCCCGGCUAAUCAUGCACCUUUACGUGAGCAAGGUGCUAUUCCCCGGUUAGUUCAGUUGUUGGUGAGAGCACAUCAGGACACCCAGCGCCGGACUUCGAUGGGUGGAACACAGCAGCAGUUUGUGGAGGGCGUUCGUAUGGAAGAGAUCGUGGAAGGCUGCACUGGAGCCCUUCAUAUUCUCGCCCGAGAUGUCCACAAUCGAAUUGUCAUCAGGGGCCUAAAUACCAUUCCACUGUUUGUGCAGUUGCUGUAUUCUCCUAUUGAGAAUAUCCAGAGAGUGGCUGCUGGGGUGCUCUGUGAGCUGGCUCAGGACAAGGAAGCUGCAGAAGCAAUUGAGGCCGAAGGAGCCACUGCUCCUCUGACAGAAUUACUGCACUCGAGGAAUGAGGGGGUGGCUACAUACGCAGCUGCUGUGCUGUUCCGCAUGUCUGAGGACAAGCCCCAGGACUAUAAGAAGCGUCUUUCUGUUGAACUGACCAGCUCACUCUUCAGAACUGAACCAAUGACCUGGAAUGAGACUGCUGAUCUUGGACUUGAUAUUGGUGCCCAAGGAGAACCCCUUGGUUAUCGUCAGGAUGAUCCCAGCUAUCGUUCUUUCCACUCUGGUGGCUAUGGCCAGGAUGCCUUGGGUAUGGACCCUAUGAUGGAACAUGAAAUGGGUGGCCACCACCCAGGUGCUGAUUACCCAGUUGAUGGGCUUCCAGAUCUGGGACACGCCCAGGACCUCAUGGAUGGGCUGCCUCCAGGUGACAGUAAUCAGUUGGCUUGGUUCGAUACUGACCUGUAAAUCAUCCUUUAGCUGUCUUGUCUGAGUGAGCUUGCAUUGUACUUGGCCUGUAGAGUUGCUGAGAGGGCUCGAGGGGUGGGCUGGCAUCUCAGAAAGUGCCUGACACACUAACCACGCUGAGUUUCCUAUGGGAACACUUGAAGUAAGCUUUUUGUUUUGGUCCUUUUUGGUCGAGGAGUAACAAUACCAAUGGAUUUUGGGAGUGACUCAAGAAAUGAAGAUGCACAAGAAUGGAUCACGAGAUGGAAUUUAUCAAACCCUAGCCUUGCUUGUUAAAAUUAUUUUUUUUAAUCUCUGUAAUGGUACUGACUUUGCUUGCUUUGACAGUAGCUUUUCCUUUUUUCCUUUUUUUUCCCUUUUUUUUUGGCAGUAACUGUUAGUUUUUUUAAGUCUUGUAGUGUUAAGUUAUAGUGGAUACUGCUACAGCAAUUUCUGAUUUUUAAGGAUCGAGUAAUGGUGUAGAACACUAACUAAUUCAUAAUCACUCUAAUUGUAUUCUGAAUAAAGUGUAACAUUGUGUAGCCUUUUUGUAUAAAAUAGACAAAUAGAAAUGGUCCAAUUAGUUUCCUUUUUAAUAUGCUUAAAAUAAGCAGGUGGAUCUAUUUCAUGUUUUUGAUCAAAAAUUUUAUCUGGGAUAUGUCUGGGUAGGGGCCAGUAAGAACUGUUAUUUGAAACCUUGUAUUGGACAGUUUACCAGUUGCCUUUUAUCCCAAAGUUGUUGUAACCUGCUGUGAUACAGAUGCUUCCAAGAGAAAAUGCAGUUAUAAAAAUGGCUCAGAAUUAAAGAAAACUUUUAAUUCA